GUUUGGGAAGGAGCCCUGGGUGCACAAAGGCAGCCUCCUCUCCGAGAGGGCAGCGCCAGAGAGGCGAGUCACACACACACACUCACUCAUACACACACUCGCGCACGCACUUACACACACGCACACACUCACACAGAGAGAGGCUGCACAUCCACUCGGUUAAUCCUCCGCCUCGCUCCGGAGUUGUCCCAGCCCAGGCCCGGACCCGAGACCCGCUGGCUUCUGGAACAAAGAACUCUGAGAGAUGGAGGACAGUAGUACUGAAGUGAGCAUGACCAAUGACAAGUGCUGUCAGACUGAAACACCACAGCACUGCUGGUGCCAGCCAGCUGCAUCCCAUCAAGAUGACUACGACCAAACCCAAGUGCAUACUGUAGAGCCAGGAGACCCACCUCUACUGCAGCAGCAGCUCCAGACUUCCAAGUCAGGAAUUCAACAAAUCAUUGAGUGCUUUCGAUCAGGUACAACCCAGCUCAGGCACAUGCUGUUAAAGGAAGUUGACACCAUCUUUGAAUGCAAACUCUGCCGAAGCCUUUUCCGUGGUCUACCUAAUUUGGUCACACACAAAGAGUUCUACUGUUUUUCUGCACAUCCUGAGCAAGAUGAAUCACCGCAGCCAAACAGCCAGAACCAGGCUAUCAAAGACCUUCUGGAUGCAAUUUAUCCAAGAGAAACACAAGAGCAUGUGAUCGAGUUGGAGGCAAUAGAGACCAACCCCAAUGCUGUCUUCCAACACCUGAUUCCUGAAAGUUAUGAGGAUGAAAAUAUGACUCCACCCAUUGUCCAACCCCAGGUCAACUCUGGAGCAAAGAAGCAAAAUCGCCGCAAGUCCGUUGUAGCCCCCAAAAAAGUUGAACAGCAGGACAUGGAAGAUGACAUGGAUUUAGUGCCUGAGACAUCUUCAGAUAGAGAAGACCCAAGUUCUCAAGAAAAUGGCAACAAUGAACAAGGCGAGAGGGAAGAAGAUGAAGAGGAGACCACCUCUGAAAUGAAGGAAACAAGGAUAUCCUGUUGUCUUUGUCGAAAAGAAUUCAGUUCAAAGCGCAGUGUGCGUCGCCACUGCCGCAAGAUGCACGGACAAAAACUGGAAGAGCUGCGGAAGUUCACGGAGACGCGCACCGUGCCCAUCAGUUUACUGUCUAUGGUAAAGACCAAGCGUUCAGAGGAACCUAUACCAACUGCUAGCAAGAACUGCCCUGUGUGUCAGAAAUCCUUUGCAACCAAGGCUAAUGUCCGUCGCCACUUUGACGAGGUCCACCGGGGUUUGAAGCGAGACUGCAUUACUCCUGACAUUGCCACUCGGCCUGGUCAGCCCCUCUCACUUGAAGUUUCAACUCAUUCCUCAAAACAACCCAGCACUUCCACAAAGCCAGAGCAACAAGAGUAUAACUUGUCCACGUGUCGCUGUAGGUUGUGUAAGAGAAAAUACAGUUCUGACAUAAUGCUGAGGAGGCAUAUGCGUAUCGUCCAUAAGGUUCAUGCAGUAGAAAACGGCUCUUCUGGAAACCGUACCCUCUUUUCGAGGAAAGCUAAAAUAAAAUCGGAACCUACAGAUGAUGUUUUUCCUGGAAAAAGUGGCCUUCCAUCCAGUCCGUCACCUUCAAGUGAUGCAAAUAAGAGUUCUGCAUCCUCUUCCUCAAAGACUAAAGUCACAGAGGACAGUGGAAACCUCCCUGUUAGCUUUGACUUUAAACGUAUCUACUGCUGGCUGUGCAAGCGACAGUUCAGCUCUAGUCAGAACCUGACCAGGCACAUCACUGAGCUGCACAUGGAUGGGAAUGACAGCAUCUACAUCAAGUUUUAUGCCUGUCCAAUCUGCAGAUACGAGUCCCGACGGAAGCGAGACGUCAUCCGUCACAUUACUGUGGUUCACAAGAAGUCCUCCCGCUACCUGGCCAAGAUCAUGCCGGCCCUGGAGAGUCGAGCAGUGAAAAAGCCGGCUGAGGCAGUGCUAAAUAACACUGCUAAGAGGACAUCUUUAAAGGAGGAAACACCUGAGAUGCUCCCCAUUUCAACACCCAGCAUGUUUACACCGGAGCCAGAAACUCCUAAUACGAGUCAGCAAGAGACUUCUGGAUCCCCGAUUCUGAAGAAAACUGAACCAUCAUUGUCCCCAAUUACUCGUAAGAAUUCUGCCCUUACAUCACUGAACCCUGUAAAACAGGAACCUUUACAGCCUUGUAAAGUAAUCAAACAAGAGAAGAAACCUCAUGAACCAAAGAAUCCACACAUGACUCGCAGUCACAACCCUGUCAAAGGACCUCCUGUCACUAGAAGCCAGGAAACUAGUACAGAGGUGAGGGUUACAAAGAAUUUCUCCCUGCAUGGAUGUGACAUGUGCGGUCGGGCAUUUGCCAAAAAGGUUUUCCUUGAGACGCACAGAAAAACCCACAGGACCAGUAUUCCUACCCCAUCAAGGACCCCAAAGAUGCAGGGAAGGAGUACUCGGUCAAAGGCGCUGAUAUGAUUGUUCUCUUCUGCAAGUAUACAUUGCACAUUCUCACUGGACUGUCCUAUAUAAAUAUGGCUUCAGCAAAUAAAGUGCAGCGAUGUUGGAAUGGACAGAUUUAAACAGAGGGACUAUCAGUCUUGUGUCUGAUUACAUACAAAUCCUGAGGGAAGAACACUACAGAAAGCUCUUUCAGUUUUGUACUGCAGAGGGCGCUGUGACCAAACAAAUGAUCUCCAGGUAGGACGUUAUCACUGGGUAGUAAUGAAUUACAUGAAAGAAUAUGUAAUUUGAGAAUUUUGAGUUAGUGAGUAGACUUUUUACUUGAGUAUAUUUGCAGCGAAUAUACUUAUGCUUAUAAAUUGUCACUCGCCUGUAGAUGCUUUUUUUAAAAAAAAACAAACUUUGUGUUUGAUGCAUUGUUCUAGUCGGUCACAUCUCAACUUUAACAAUAGAACGGUAAUCUUUCAUAAACAGCUGAAAGAUAAAAAGGUUUCAGCUAAAAGCCUCCAUUUUGACAUAAAUGCCUGCGGAACUGUGGAGCUGGACAUCAAUUGAUGCCUCAGAAUGAAACUGAUCUCAUAAAUCAGAGUAAGUUCUUGAGUAGUCCGGAGUAGUCUUUUGUAGCCUACUGUAUUUUUUUACUCUUACUCCAUUGUUUUUGAAGAGCUGUUUGAGUUGUUGAUGUUUUGAAGUAGGCUAAUAGUACUUUGAGUAUAAUUUUCAGUUAGUCACCACAUCUUUGACUUCUAUUGAAAUUUAGAUUAUUUAGAAAUAUCAUCUUUGUGAACUGAUCUGUUUAAAAAUGAAGUGAGCAAUGUUUUCCCUGAAACACAUAAACGGCAGGAGGGAUGGAUACGUUGUGUGUAUUUGGUUAACCUACCUGCAUCUACUUUUUACUAUUAAAUAUACAAGUUUACGAAACCUAAAUAUUUGUUUAAUUCAACUAUACUGUUCACAAUUCUCGAGAUUGAUGACUAUUUUCUCAUAAGCUCUUAUUUAAGAAAUUGCAUAAAUCACUUUUCUUUCUAAAUGUAACCAAGAAGGAGUUUUUACUUACGUUAAAACAUGAAUUCAUCUCUUGCCAUUCCUCUAUGAAUGAAAAGGCUGCUAAACCUAUAGCAUUUUACCUACUGUAUGUGCUCUGAUUUUUGCUGCCCUUUAAGUCUGUGCUGCUCAGGAUGUGCUAAGGCAAGAUUGUUUUGUAAAAUUAUAACUCUUAUGUUAAUCUCUCAUUAGAGGUUGCAACUGUGACCAAAAUGUUAAUGGAUACUACUGCACCAGUUUUGUAUAGUGUUGUCAUUGCUAGCUAACAACAAAUUUACCUAUAUAUCUAGACCUAAAGAUGACCUAUGCCAACUUUUAGUAUGUAAUGAAGAAUUACAGGGUCACUUGGAUGGGUUUAAUGUUGGGUGAAAAUCUUAUCCAACAAUCAGCCAUAACAUAAAAACCACUUGCCUAACAUUUUACAUGUUUACAUUUACAUGUGACAUCUUUAUGAAUGCCAGAAUCCAUGGUUUCCCAGUAAACCUUUACACAGAGAAUUACCCCCACUGCCUCUUCUGGCUUGCCUUCUUUUCACAGUGCACCCUGAUGCCAUCUCUUGUCUUGGUAAGUGGUAAACAUGCACCUGGGCUUGCAGAAUUCAUAAAAGCCACUUUCUUCCAUUGCUCAAUAGUCCAAUGGUGAUGCUCACGGUUAUGCAGUCCCACUGCAUAAGAUUUUAACCACAUGCAUUUACAUUUGGUAGUCAAAUUUGUCUCCUGUUUGCCCCUUUUCCUGCAAACAAUAAUACGUCACCAAAUAUCGGUUUAAAAUAUUGAAAUGUAAUUCCUAUAUCAUUGUGCAUUCCUAUCUGUGUUCUGAACUUUCUAGAAUAGAUAGCAUAACUUUUUUAGCGUAUUGUUCUAAAAAAAAGUUUUUUUUUCUGUGAAAUAAAACCAGACACAAACUUCACAAUCUGACUGAUCACUUUUUUUUGCACAGUAUGUCCGAUACUGUGACAGAAGCCAUUAAAAUGAAAUAAUCAAUGUUAGUCACUUCUCCUGUCAGUGGUUUUAAUGUUAUGGCUGAUGUGUGUUGUUGGCUUGGUUUGCAUACUGAAUGCUUCUUCUCAUUACUAUGUUUAUUUGUAACAUUUAAAAAAGCUCCCAAACCUGUACUAUAUCUGUGAUUACACAGUAACCUCCUUUCUAUCCCUUGCUUUCAGUAGAAUCAUGUUAUUUAAAUAAACAUGUUAAAACCA